CACACACUCGCUUACAUAUACUCUUACACACACUUUGAUACACUAAGUAACAUACGCACACAUACGCACUCUCGCACACACACACACACACAUACAGUCUCUCACACAUGUAAACGCACAUAUACGCUCCCUCACCUCUCUCUCCCACACACACAUAUACGUAAACACACACUCAUUCUCACAGACACGUACACUCGCACACACUCUUCCUCUCUUACACACGCGCACACACACACACACACACAAACACACACACACAUUCCCUUUCUCUCUCUCUCUCUCUCUCUCUCUCUCACACAGGUGCACACUCUCUCACAGCUACACACACCCGCUCACUCUUUCCCGUACACACGCACACACAGACUCAUAUACAUACAUACAUACACACUCUCACUCACACACGUACACACUCACUCUCUCACACGUACUUACACAUCCCUUUCAUUCUCACGCACGCACCUGCUUUCACACACGUAUACACACACGCUCUCACUCACAUACACACAAAUUCUCUCAUAUACACGCACAUUCUUUGCCACAUGGCCAUACGUACUCACCCCCACACGCACAUAUAUACACACAUAGCCACCCAUACCCUUACAUGAGGUGUAUAUUUUGCAGAGAGCUUGCGUAUCUCUCUCUCUCCUUUCUGUUUAUAAAAUAGUCAAUGGAAGUUCUGUGAUAUAUUUACCUCGACAAAGCAAGGCAGACGACACUUCUACCGACAUUCAACUCGGAAUUGUUGCCUCUUACAGAGCAAGGUGACUUUGGUUCAACCUGUGAUGCCUCAUUCGAUCAUGUUUGGUUAUGCCUACAUUUUACAAAGAUUUUGACAGGAAUAUUCCCCUAAUAUUCUUUGAUAAUAUUAAAAUGGCGGACCAGAUGAAGGUAAAGAAAAGAAGUGAAGCUUGAAGAUCGCAAUUUAUGAAGAAUAUUGGCAACAUAAACGCUAAUAACGAGAAUUUAUAAAAAGACAGAAGAUAUAUAUAUAUAUAUAUAUAUAUAUAUAUAUAUAUAUAUAUAUAUAUAUAUAUAUGUGUGUGUGUAUCAAUAUAAAUACGUACCUAUGUAUGUAUUUAUAUUAGCCCUUUCAUUUAGGUCUUCUUUAUUUCCGUCUGCAUUUCACGGAUGUAUAAAAUACGUUUAAUUGUUCGGAUGCGAUAAUAUAUGCUAUAUGCAUAUAUAUAUAUACAUAUAUGGAUUAUAGAGAGAGACCAGUAAUAAACCAGAGAGACCUGAUUAUUUUAUCAUCAGCAAGAGUUGAAUGCAUUAGCUUUCUAAAUUUCAGUUGAGGUGAAAGAAGGUUUCACAGGUUCGAAUCUCGACAAAGAUGGAUCAAGAACUAAGUCCAGAGAAAAAGCCAUUGUCAGAAAGCGAUUAUGACGUCAUAUCUUUUUCUAGUAUACCAUUGGAUGAUAAAUGUGAGAAGCUACUUCCGGACGACUACGAGUGUAACUUAGUGAUUGCGGACUGUGGAGAGGAAUGUGUCGGAGAGGAAUGUGAACUGAGAGGUGGAUGCGGCGGGGGCGGAGGAAGUGGUAGAAUCGGAGAUGGAGGUGCUGGUGGAAGCGGAAGUGGAGGAGGAGGAGGAGGAGGAGGUGGUGGUGGUGGUGGCAGUGGUGGCUGCAGUGGUUGCAGUGGUGGUGGCGGAUGUGGUGGGUGUGAAGAUAGUGACGACAACGUUGGUGGUAUUUCCGGCAUUAGUGUCGACAUGGCAGGGGUAGGCCAAAAUAAUAAUGACUGUGAUAAUAAAAAAUCAAAGAAGAAGAAGAAGACUACAAAAAACAAAAACUACAAAGUCACCAUCGUCCAACCGACGAAGGACGUGAGCACCAAGAAAGGUCGCAAAAAUUCCAGAGAACCGGAAAUUCGUGACACUAACCUGGUGCUCUCCCUUUUUGUGCUCUUCUGUUUCAAUCUGCCGUUUGGUCUGCUGGCUACUAUGUUCUCAUUAAUGGCAGGAUCGGCGUUCAAGGAGGGUAAGAAAAAGAAAGCCAAAUGUCACUCACGAACAUCGAUGGUCAUCAGUCUGCUCGGCAUUGCUACCACAGCCGCUUUGGUCAUGUGUGUAAUCUUCUUUUUAGCUAUAAACGAGCAAAGCCAGGGAUACUGAUAGGUUGAUGUUAAGAAAAGGUGGGGGAAAAAAUGGGACAACGUUUUCGAAUGAGAAAUAAACCUUAGGUCAUGUGUGUUUAUAAUAUUUUUAGCUAUAAAUGAGAAAAAAAAACCAUAGAUAAUGGUGAUUUGAUGUUGAAAAAGAAAAAAGCGGGACGGCGUUUUGGAAUGAGAAAAAUUAGAAGAAUUUCUGAUGUGUUGAUAUCGAGAAAAGGUGAUAAAAUGGGACAACGUUUUGGAAUAUGAAAUACGUCUUUGCUCAUGUGUUUUUAUAUUGUUUUUAGCUAUAAAUGAGUAAAGCUGUGAAUAAUGUUGAAUUGAUGUUGAGAAAGGGAAAGAAAAGGGGACAGUGCUUUGGAGUGAGCAAAAUUAGAGCUCCUGAUGUGUUGAUAUUGAGAAAGGGGGUAAAAUGGGACAACGUUUUGGAAUGAGAAAUUAAUCUUUGCUCGUGUGUGUUCAUAUUCUUUUUAGCUUUCAGUGGGGAAAAGGCAGAGAUUCUUGCGUGUCAAUGAUUAAAAGGGGCAAAAUGGGACAACAUUUUGGAGUGAGAAAUAAACUUUGUUAUGUGCUUAAAUUCCUUUUAGUUAUAAAUGAGAAAACCCAUUCAUAAUGGAGACUUGUUGAAAAUAGAAAAACGAGACGGUGUUUUGGAAGAGAUUUUGAUGCAUUGAUACCGAGAAAAGAGGGCAAAAUAGGACAACGUUUUAGAAAGAGCAAUAAAACUUUG